AUGAUGCAGAAGGAACCUGAAAAGCUCGAACCUUGGGUUCUGGCACAGAAGAAGGUAUUCACAAAGUGGUGUAAUAUUUACUUGGCAUUGAGAGAGUUGACUGUGACUGAGUUGCAAACAGACUUCCAGGAUGGAUUCAAGUUGGCAAACUUGUUGGAGACAUUGAGUGGAAAGAAUGUAUUGGUGUCCAAAAUGCAAAAGAUGAAGAGUAGACUACAUCUCGUCACCAAUGUCAACUUCACACUAAAGUUCAUCACGGACGAGGGCAUCAAACUGGUUGGACUAAGUGGCGAGAACAUCGUGGAUGGUGAUCUAAAGAUGAUCAUGGGUCUAAUUUGGACUCUGAUCAAAUGUUACCAAAUCCAGACCUUGUCACUUGGCGCGGGCAAGGAUGGCACGCCGUCCAAGGCUGGCGCGCAGGGUGGUUCCAAAGAGUCGCUGCUCAACUGGACACGCGAGCAACUCGAUGGCUACUCACUAAAGAUCAACGACUUCACAACGAGCUUCAAGGAUGGCACGGUGUUUUGUGCGCUAAUUCAUCGAUUGGUGCCAGAGGCAAUCAAGAUGGAGGAGCUCAAGCAGGACGACCCGCUCUUCAACCUCAAGAUGGCCUUUGACACGGCGCAUCGCGAGCUCAACAUCCCCUCCAUUCUCGAGCCCGAGGAGGUGCUGGAGCACCCCGACGAGCAGAGUAUAAUGACCUACGUGUCGUUGUUCCCACGUGUCUACCAGAAGGCCAACGACCCCAACGCCGCCAACAAACGAUUCUCUGUUGCAGUGCCAGUUGCAUCGCCCAGCAAUGGAAAGGUGCAGUUCCGCGACUCAAUGUCCGUGAGCACCGACAACUUGCAGGAGAAGUUGCGCGAGGAGGGUGAGCGCGUCCGCAAGGAGGAGGAAGCCAAGCGCGCUAAAGAAGACGAGGAGCGUAGAAUUCGUGAGGCGGGCGAAGCAGAGGCCGCCGACAAGCUGAGACGCCAACAACUGGAGCAGGACGCAGCAGAGGACGAGGAACAGCGUAUCAAAGUUGAGGACCUCGAGCGCAAGAUCAAGGCCUUGGAGCAACGUUUGCUCGAGCAAGAGCAUGAGCGCGACCUUGAAAAGAACAACACUCACAAGGUGCUCGGCAACAUUCUCAACGACAUUGAGCACGCACCAGGCGACGUGUCGUGGCAGUGGGAGGACUACCAACGUGGCAACAACGAGCUUGUCGAUCAGCUCCGCGAGAAGGUCGCUGGCAACAAGGAGACCCUGGUCCGUCUUCAAGAGCGUAUCGAAUCACUCACACGCGCCAAUGGUGAGAGCACGGUAAAGUUGGACGAGGUCCAUCACAUGCGUGAUGAGCUUGAGGCCAAUCUCAAGGAUUUCAAAGAGAAGUGCCAAUGCAACACGCUGGUCAUUGUACUCAAGGAGCGCAUUGGUGAACUGGAGAAACAGGUAGGCGAGAAGGAGUCUCACUUGGCGGAGGAGAUCACACGAAACAAAGAGCAGUUGGCCCAGGUCACCCGACUAAAGGACAACGUUGAGACAGACAACCGCGACCGUAUUGAGGAGCUCAAGAACGCUCUGUUGGCCAAGGACAAGGACAUUCUGGCCGCCCAAUCCGAGACUGAUGGCCUAAAGAACGCACUACAAGCCAAAGACAAGGAUGUUCUGGCGGCACAGGCUGAGACUGAUGGACUCAAGAACUCCCUGGAGGCCAAGGACAGGGACAUAGUAGCUGCCCAGGCAGAGACUGACGGACUCAAGAAUGAACUUCAAGCAAAGGACAAGGACAUCCUCGCUGCCCAAGCUGAGACUGACGGACUCAAGAAUGAUCUUCAGGCAAAGGACAGGGAUAUGCAGGCUGCCCAAGCUGAGAAGGAUGGUUUGAAGCAGAAGCUGGAAGAGUUGGAGCGUGGCACAGCAAGUCAAGGCAACGAUCUACAAACUAAAAUUCAAGAGCUGAUGAGUUUGAUCGAGGCCAAGGAUGUCCAAAUCAAGGCAUUGGAUGGUGAUAAAACAGAUCUGUUAGGCCAGCUGGACAAGUCCAAGCAAGAGUGCCAGGAGCUCAAGGUUGGCAAAGAGGGCGAGCACCAAGACCUGUCAAAGCAGUUGGAUGAGCAGCGCGAGCGUGUACAAAUGAUGGAUAAUCAAGCAGGACAACUAAAGGAGGAACGUGAUCGUUUGGCCGCAGAGCUGGCCGACGCCAAAGAGCAGUGCUCCAAGUUGAACAAAGAGAUUGAGGAGAAGAACAAGAUGAAUGAAUCAAAUUCCAACUCAUCCACACAAGAGAGACAGAGAUUGAUCGACGAGUUGGACGCACUCAAGCGUGAACUGGCAGAGUUGAAGGGUAGUCACAGCAAGAUCUCCGAGGCACACGAUCAAUCAAACAGUGAAAAGAACAAGUUGAUUGAUGAGCUGGCCAGUAUCAGGGGUGAGGUCGACAAGUUCAAGGACGUAGAGAACAAUCUGCAGCAAAGUCAACAAAGUGCCAGCCAGUUGGAGAAGGAGUACCAGGAGCGUGAGACUCGCGCCAAGGAGGAGAGGGAUAAGUUGAUCAGUGAGUUGAAUCACGUCAAGGAUGAGAUGGCCAAGCUCAAGUUGGUGGAGGAUGCAUUGUCUACACUGCAAGCCCAACAUGACAAGACCCUGGCAGACAUUGACCGUGCUCUGGAUGAUAGGAAGUCGUUGCAGGAUCAGUUGGACGCAGUUAAGUCUCAGUUGGCAAACAAUGCUCAGGGUGACGGACAGACAAUCAAGAAGCUGGAGGAGCAGGUGUCCAAUGCCAACAAUGAUCUGGAGGAGAAGGCCAAACAGAUUGCUGCAUUGGACGAACAGAGGAAGAAGGCAGAGGAUGAGUCCAGCAAGACCCAGGAGCAAUUGAGAUUGUUGCGCGAGUCUGCACAUCAGAGCCAGAGCGAGAAACAACAGCAGAAUGAUCAGGAGAAGAAGGAUUUGCAAAAGAGUAUUGAGAAGUUGCAGUCCGAGGUCAAUGAUCUGAGACAGCAACUGGGCAAUGCAAACAAGGAUGGAGCCAAGAAUCUUGAACAACUACAGGCCUCGUCCAAAGACAUGGCCCAGGAGAAGGAGAGACUGGAGAAGGAGCUGGCUGCACUCAAACAAUCGAGCCACAGCGAGAUACAACGUCUGACCAAAGAGUCUGAUGACAAGCAAUCAGCAGCUAAGGAGAAGGAUGCAGCUGCCAACAAAACACUGACUGAUGCCUUGGACAAGUUGAAGACUUUGACACAAAAGUACUACAAGUUGGAGAAUGACCUCAAUGAGCGCACCAAGCAACAAGACCAGCUGACCAACACGGACAAGCAGUGGAAGUCGUUGGGUCAAUCAUUCGACCAACUUCAAGAGUUGAUCAAGAAGAACAAGAAGAAUCAAGAGGAGAAGAAGGAGGCGGCAGCCACUCAGGCCUCAUUACAAGAGAGAAUAAGUGCUUUGGAAGAUCAACUACGUCAGAAGGAGUUGACAAUCAAUGGACUUAACGCAGCGGCAGCAGCAGCACCAGUGGCUCACGACCAUUCAGAUUCGGAAUCAACUGACAACAAUCAUGAUGAAGCAGUAAUUGAGCGUAUGAUCAUGGAUGUCAUCAAGAACCUAAAGAAUCCAGCUCAACAAACGGUGACAAAACUGCGCCACAACAAGUACUUUGUCAACAACGCAGUGGUUGAUGUAUACCAGGGUGGUGAAGGUGCACUAAUGGCUAAGAACCAAGAGUUGGAUGCACCAUUCGAGUCAUUGAUGGUCAAGGAUGACCGUCCCUUGUUACCAUGGCUACUGAUUGGUGGAUUAAUGUUGGCAGUGGCAUUCUUUUCUCAAGGUGGUUAUGGCCGUGCUUUCUCAUAG